AGCAUUGCAUGAAUUGCUUCGAGCUGACUACACUAUAGUGUUGUGUGACUGCCACCGGCCGGCUGUCUGCAGAAGGUGCAGGAAAACUUGAUCUGUGACACACACCUACACACAUACACACACAACCAUGCAGGCAGCUGAACCCGGACCAGCAGCAACAUCAGACAGAGCAGCAGCAGAGAUGUAAACAUGGAUUAGAAAAUAAUGUGCCUCGGCUGUCAUCCUCAACAUGUUCCCGGGAGUUUUCUAUGCACUGCUGGCGGGUUUCCUCGGGGCUGUGGCGUCGUCGUCGGCCAAGCUGUCCCUUGGAGCCGACUAUCUGAAGGGAGUCUGUGAAACCGGACUCCGGACGUGGGGUGAGCAGCGGAAAUUUCGACAAGCGGACGAAACUACCGCCUGUGACCGGCUCCAUAUCCCUCUGCGGCUACUGUGUGGCGGACUGCUUUUCACCUGCAAUGCUGUGAUGUGGACCUUUCUUGCCAAGGCACUCAGGUAUUCCUCUUCCUCCACCCGAACCACUGUGACCACCACCGCCUCCAACUUUAUAUCUUCCGCUUUCCUGGGGCAGCUUAUCUUUGGUGAAGCCCAGAUAACAUUGUGGUGGGUUGGGAUCUCCUUGACCUUCUCCGGUUUGUUGGUACUGCAGAGAGUUUCACCGCAGGACGGACACCAGAACACAGUCACUAAGGACGAAUGAUAUGGUCCUGCCUCCACUAGCUCAGUACAGCCUGGCUGCUGCCAGCCAGCGAAAUGUACUGACUAGCUUAUCAGCUGAGAGGUAGAUGAAAAGAUUGAUACCACUGUCUUAUAUGUAUGGUUAAUAUUAAGCUAAGGUCAUUGGCUGGGUAGAGGAAGGAGAUAUCAAAAUGUCUUAAUCCAGAGGUGACAAAAACUGUCCCCACUUUUUAAUCAAAGAUAAAAAACAAGCCAGAGCCAGAUUACAUUACCGUCAGACCUGGUCCUUGCUAGUUUCCAGCUCUUUGGCUAAGCUAAGCUAUCCAUCUGUUAGCUAGCUGGUGUCAGUGACAGCUUAGCACAGCCAAAGAGUGGAAGAAGGAAACAGCUACCUUUUCUCCUAAAGAAGACAAAAUCUGCCAACACCUCCAGAUGAAACAAGCAAAAUACCUAUUUGUCACCUUUUGAUAGAGCCAUGACAGGCCUCCUUUCGAGUCCCAUUGCUAAUCAAGCUAACUAUCCGUCUGUUGGCUGUAGCACCGCAUUAAGUGACAGAUAUAAGACAGACUGGUAUUAAUGGUCCCAUUUAACUCUCAGCAAGAGAGGAGAUAUUUGCAUUGCUCAAAAUGUUGAACUUCUCCUUUAAAGGGAGAGCCUGAUAAUAUAAUCUAUAUCUAACACGAGGACCUGUUUGCAUAUUAACGGUUCAAUCCCAAGUCAGUCUUUUGGGAUUCGUUCAUGUGCAAUGGACAACACUGGCUCCAUGCAUGAUGUCACCAUCAAUCAGCUUGUGCAUUAUGUAUUGCAGCCAUCAGAUCACCAAAGUUUUCUUGAUUCUUGCAUUUCUUUAAGUCACCAUGACACUCACUGUAAAAACCCUUCACUGCAGCUACACUGACUUUGCAUUUAAUGCAUGCUUGAGGUUAUGUUACAAAUGGAGCACUUAGCUUGAUGAGGUGCAGCUGUAUUUCACAAGUAAUAAUAAAUAUAAUGUAACGCUGAAAGGCUCAUCCCCGGCAGGAACUUGCUGUCUGCCUGGGUCUUUAUUUUCUUUUCUUUUGCCUUUCUUGACAGCUUGAGCCUUAACCUCAGUACCUGAGCAUGUCAGAUGUUUUCAGAGGCAGCUUGUCUUCCAUUUCAUCAUUGACGUGCACAUGAUCCCACCAAGGCCUGAACUCAAAUAUCUCAUACCAAAGCUUCCAAAAUUCAGUCCACAUCCCAGGUGCUUCAUAUAAUUAAACUCAAAAUCUCAAAGACUCAAGCGGCCAAACUGUCUCCCCAGUGAAGAAGAUAUCACAUUACCUCAUGAUCCAUUGAGCUUCAUGUACCCUGAUUUGCAAUCUCAUUUAAGUAUAUUGCAUGUCAUAGAUAUUAGUCUACCAUCAAUCAUCUUGGGAUUCCAUUAACGCCUAGCUCCCUUAAAAGCUUCAGUCUUCAUCCCUGGAGUUUCAGUGAGAGUGCAAUAACAUUAUUCUUCCUUUAAAUUUCACAACACUGUGAUGUGUAAUAAUGAGGGAGCUUUGAGUAUGAAUAAUUGAACAUGAGAAAUGGCAAUACAUGCUGCUAGAGGGGUGUUUCUGUUAGCAUAGAAAGCUAGGUAGGUAGGUAGUGUACAGGGAAUUUCCCAAACAUUACAUCAAAGGUUUCUUUAUUGAAUAAUAUAUAAGAUCACACUUUGCUGUUUAUGGAAACAUAUCAUGAUAUAAAUGCAUAAUGGUAGCUAUAUUAACUGUCUGUAAUAUCCUACAGCAGCAACGCACAAAAAUGUUAGAUGUCUUUCUAACUGCUGCUGUGCAGGUUUUGUAUCAUGUGAUUUACAUGCAUCCCUAUAAAUGUGACCGCAGUGACAAUGUGAUCAUAAACUUUUCAUGUGAGACUCUGCCAUAGUGAUGUUUUAUAGCAGGACUGCACUCAUGCAGGAUUUCUCAGCAUUUGAGAUCACUCACAGCCUCGCAAAAGCAUCAGCAUCAGAAGUAAAUUUAGUUGUCUGUGCCUCUGUGUUUUCGGAUCCUGGGUGUGUUUGCAUUUCUCUAAAGAAUGGGGAAAAGUUUAAAGAUAUAAUGCGGAAAUUGGAAUUAGAUUAGAAAAUUAAUCCAACUCUCUUAUCAGUCCUUAAACUUAAAUUAGCAAGAGACGGGAGCUAGCUUGACCCAAUCCAAAUUAACACAUGUACAAAUUAUAUUUAAAAGCUAAGAUUCAUUUGUAAGCUAAAAAAUAUAGUUUGAAUAAUGUGAGAAAAAAAAAUAUUGGCUCUUGCCAGAAAUAAUAUAAAAAGAUUGAGUUUUUCUUGGUCAGGGAACCUGGAGAGAUGUCCAGCGAUUUAUACUUAUGUUGCCAGUUAACCAGCAUGAUCUGCAGGUUUUCCAACAAGUGAACUUUACUUGUGAAAGUGGGUGAAGUUACCUUGAAACAGAACGGCGUGUGUUCCCCACUUCUGGAGUUUUCAUGCUUAGCCACAUUAGCAAGCUGCAAGAGAGACAUGAAACACAGAGUAUUAGCUUUGUGAGGUGUGCCCAUAUUUCCUGGGGAGCAGUGGCCAGACAACCAGACGAGACUGGUUGAGAAGUUGCCACGUUGUGUGUUUUUAUAGGGAAUACAACAUCAAACAAAACCAUCAGUUGCUAAUUUCUUAACUAAUCUAAUUUGCUGCUAGGUUUAGGUUAAUUUUGAUUAUACUGAUUUGGGAUUACGUUUAUGCAGACUGUUUCUCGAUUAAGGGCAGUGGCUUUCAGAGACUAGCCUGUAAGUAGUCUAGCUCAUAGCAGAUUUUCUUUCUGUUGGUUUUGACUGUAGCUGCCUGUGUGCUAGGCUAAGCUAACAGGCUGCUAGUUAUAGCCAAAUAUUUACAGAACAGACAAGAGUAGUCUGAGCCUUCUCAUCUUACUCUCAGCGAGAAAAUUAAUGGGCAUAGUUCCCAUAAAGCCAAACUGCUCUUCAAAUCUACCUGAGAUAUCUUGAAUCCUUGCUGUUGAUUCUAAAGAUAUUUUGAUGCCUAGCUUUUCUCCUAUUAAUGAUAUGAUAUGAUGAUAAACCAGCUACCUGUGAAUCCACUUUCACUGUUAUAUUAGUAUAGGUCAGAGCUUUGCAGUCACUUCAUACAGCUCUGUAACAGCAGCAUGGGCCUGAGCAUGAUGCAUCAGUAUGCACAUAACCACAAAUGUGGCAAUGCAUCAAAGUUAGAAAACGACUGAAGCACUAACUUGACCCACAAAAGUGUAUUGAUAUGCUGCACUGGAACAAAAAAAAAAGAGAUAAUUUAGCAGGACUGAAUGUGAAUCUGACAUUUCUGUGCCUGCAAAUGGAAAAGAGAUGUAGCAUCAUUUUGCUGGUACUCUGCAGAUCAAUCCUUACUGUAACCUGAAAGAUCCUACACAAAUUAACCCAGGAUCCCAAUUAGUUUAAAAUGAGUAAUUUACAGAAAUUGAAACAGUGCGAUUAAAUUCAUAUUGAUAUUGCUCUGUAACAAACCAUUCAUCAUGUGUCUUAUUGAUGUGGGAAAAAAAAAACAUUUGUAAAAGUGUUAACAUACUGUAUUCUGUUGAUAGGAUACACUCAAGUAUGUGUAAAUUUAAUUUUCACAGUGAGAGGAAACACUGUAAAGUUACUGAAUAAAUAUAUCAUCUGAAAAACGAAA